AUGAUAUCCAGGUACUUCUCCGAUCCUCAGUAUUAUUUCCAAGUCAAUGACCACUAUGUCAGGAACAAAUUAAAGGUUGUUUUGUUCCCAUUCCUACACAGGGGUCACUGGACAAGGAUAACUGAACCUGUAGGGGGAAGGCUCUCCUACAAACCCCCUAUCUAUGAUAUAAAUGCACCAGACUUGUACAUUCCUUUCAUGGUGUUUGGUACAUAUGUUGUGCUUGCUGGCUUAUCCCUCGGUCUUCAUGGAAAUAUUAAAGCAAUAAUUACUCCAUUCUCUAGCGACUUCGAUUCUUUUUGCAUCAGGUUUAGCCCUGAAGCUCUGAACUGGCUGUUUAUGAAGGGGCUUGUUGGCUGGGAUGUGUUUGGCUGUCCUUGGGAGGAUAAUCUGGAGUUAUUCCUAUUACUUUUUGAUGCCGUGGACAUGUUUGUGCAUGGGAAUCUUCUUGAUAAAGACAAUGAAGAGGGUUCUCUUUACGGAGGUGAGAGGUCACGAUUCGAGCAAGCAGCAUUAUCUCUUGCUCUUGAUUGCUUUGGCCCAUUAGCAACAAGAGCUUGCACUUUGAAGUCUUGCAAGCAACCUAGCCAUUUUAUGGAAUUCAUUCUGUCAUUUGGCGUAGGGAAAACAUAUGAAAAAGAGAAGGAAGCUUGGUGCACUGGACUCCUCAAUCUACAGCAUAAAAAUGGGAGAUUCUCGGCAAAGCUAAUAACCCGUCUGAUGCUCCUCUGUGCCCUCUGUGACACAAGCGACAGGCAUUUGGUUUGGUGGGCAUGUGAGGCAUUUCUGUUGAAACCGCCUCUGAUGUUUGCUGCUCUUGUGACAAACUAA